CUCUGUUUUUAUUUCACGUUUUCCACGAGGUGCACGAAUGCAAUAUGAAGCUGUUCUUCCUAAGCUGCUUGCUGGUUUCUUGCUGCUGCCAAGCAGGGGCGAUUACCAGAGAGUACUAUAUUGGGAUUGUGGAGACAGUGUGGAACUACGCACCGGGCAAUAAAAGCAUCAUAUCUGGGCAGCUCUUUGCAGAAGAAGAGCAUGCUGAAGUCUUUCUCAAACAAGGACCACAUAGGAUAGGAAGCAUUUAUAAGAAGGCUGUCUAUACUCAAUACACCAGUAAUUUGUAUGAUGUGGUAGUUGAGAAACCUUCCUGGCUGGGGUUUUUAGGCCCUGUCAUUAAGGGAGAAGUUGGUGAUUCCAUCGUUAUCCACUUGAAAAAUUUUGCUUCCAGAAGCUACACUCUGCAUCCCCAUGGAGUUACAUAUACCAAGGAAAAUGAAGGUGCUUUUUAUCCUGACAACACCAAAGAUUUGCAAAAAAGAGAUGAUGCUGUGAAGCCUGGAGACCAGUAUACUUAUGUAUGGGAUGUGACAGAAGAUCAAGGCCCAGCAAGCGGAGAUGCGGAUUGCAUAACCAGGGUUUAUCACUCCCACAUAGAUGCUCCAAGAGAUGUUGCCUCAGGACUUGUUGGACCCUUAUUAAUUUGCAGGAAAGGUACCAUGAGUAAGGACGACAAUAAACGCUUUGCUGCUGAAUUUAUCCUUAUGUUCUCUGUGAUGGAUGAAAAUCUUAGCUGGUACCUGGAGGACAAUAUCAGGACAUACUGUUCUGAUCCUUCCAACGUUCGCAGAGAUGAUGAGGACUUCCAGGAAAGCAAUAAAAUGCACUCAAUCAACGGGUAUAUGUAUGGAUACCUCCCAGACCUCACAAUGUGUGUGGAAGAUAGGGUAAAGUGGCAUCUUUUUGGCAUGGGUAACGAAGCCGAUGUACACUCAGCCUAUUUUCAUGGCCAGACUUUAAUAGAAAGGAAUCACCGAGUCGACACUGUGAGCCUCUUCCCAGCCACCUUCAUUGAUGCUGUCAUGGUCCCGAGGAGCCCUGGAGAAUGGCUGCUGAGCUGCCAAGUGAACGACCACAUCCAAGGUGGUAUGCAGGCCCUUUUUAAAGUAAGAGAGUGUGGAAAAUCCACAACAAAUCAUAAUGAGAGUACAAAGAUAAGACAGUACUUCAUUGCUGCUGAAGAAAUCAUCUGGAAUUAUGGCCCAUCUGCAAUGAACCAUUUUACAGGACAGGAAUUAAUUGCUGACAGUGAUUCUCAGAUAUUUUUUGAACAAAGUGAGACAAGAAUCGGUGGCUCUUAUAAAAAAGCUGUUUACAAGGAAUACACAGAUCAUACCUUCACAGAACAUAAAAAGAGGCUCCCAGAGGAUGAGCAUCUUGGACUCCUAGGACCUGUUAUCAAGGCAGAAGUGGGUGAGAGCAUCAGGGUGACUUUCCAAAACAACGCCAGCCGCCCAUUUAGCAUCCAGCCGCACGGUGUGAGUUACCUCAAGAGCAACGAGGGGGCUUGGUACAACACCUUCGCUGGAGGUACUGAAUCUCCAGCCUCCCACGUGAGUCCUGGCGCUAUGUUUACGUAUGAGUGGAACGUGCCAGAAGAUGUGGGCCCUACAGACCAAGAUCCUGACUGCCUAACCUGGCUUUACUAUUCAUCUGUCGAUGCAAUCAGAGACACCAGUUCUGGCCUUGUGGGUCCUCUCUUGGUGUGCAGAAAAGGAGCCCUGCUCCCUUCAGGGAAACAGAAAAAUGUGAACAGGGAAUAUUUUCUACUUGCCACAGUAUUUGAUGAGAAUCUCAGCUGGUACCUGGAUGACAAUAUUUUGAUGUUUACACUAAAUCCUGACAAAAUUGAUAAAGAUGAUGAGGAUUUCCAAGAAUCUAACAAAAUGCACUCCAUUAAUGGUUAUAUGUACGGAAAUCAACCUGGCCUUCACAUGUGUAAAGGAAAUGUGGUUUCCUGGCAUUUGAUGAGUAUGGGGUCAGAAGUCGAUGUCCAUGGAAUAUAUUUCGCAGAAAACACAUUCCUCAUGAAAGGAACAAGACGGGAUACAGCAAAUCUGUUUCCACAUACUUCUCUUACGGCCAUUAUGAAGCCUGACUCUGAAGGAGUUUUUGAAGUGUCAUGCCUGACAACAGAUCACUACACAGGGGGCAUGAAACAGAAAUACGAAGUGAAACAAUGCCAUUGGUGGAACGUGGACCCAUCGCUGUAUUUGCAUGAAAAAACUUACUACAUUGCUGCCGUGGAAGUGGAAUGGGACUAUUCUCCUAACAGGACAUGGGAAUUUGAGCGGCAUCAAUUUCAUGAAGAAAGCCCUGGCAAUCCAUUUUUAAAUCAAGAUGACAAAUUCAUUGGUUCAAAAUAUAGAAAGGUUGUAUAUCGUGAGUACAUCGAUCAGACAUUCAGUACUCCCAAAGAAAGAGCAGAGGAGGAGCAGCACCUAGGCAUUCAAGGGCCACUGCUUAUGUCAAAUACUGGAGAUAAAAUUAUAAUUGUUUUUAAGAACUUGGCAUCACGACCUUAUUCUAUACACGCCCAUGGAGUGAAAACAGACAGUGCUGUUGUUGCAGUAACUGACCCAGGUGAAACAAAAACGUAUACCUGGAAAAUCCCUGAGAGAUCUAGUUCUGGGAGAGGUGAUCCACACUGCAUUGCCUGGGCAUACCAUUCAACUGUGGACAUGAUCAAGGACACUUACAGUGGAUUAAUAGGCACACUUGUUGUGUGUCAUAGACAUUAUCUGCCAUCAUUUCAUGCUAAAAAGAAAGUUCAAUUUGCUCUUCUUUUUAUGGUGUUUGAUGAGAAUGAGUCGUGGUAUUUGGAUAGAAAUAUUAAAACCUACUCUACCAACCCACACCUUGUUGACAAAGAGGAUGAGGAAUUCCUUGAAAGUAAUAAAAUGCAUGCCAUUAAUGGAAAAGUAUUUGGAAAUUUGCACGGUCUGACUAUGCACGUUGGAGAUAAAGUAAGCUGGUAUUUGAUGGGAAUGGGCAACGAAGUAGAUAUUCACACAGCACACUUCCAUGGCCACAGUUUUGAUUAUAAGCAAACAGGAGUUUAUCGGGCAGAUGUGUUUGACCUGUUCCCUGGGACAUUCCAGAUGGUGGAGAUGGUACCACGGAACCCGGGGACCUGGCUGUUACACUGCCACGUUACGGAUCACAUCCAUGCAGGCAUGGAAGUGACCUACACGGUGCUCCCAAAGGAAGACAAAUGGUCUUUUAUUUCAGAAGAUCAUUCAGUUAAUUAA